GGGCGGGGCGAGCCGAAGCCUGGCAGGAGCUGCGUGGGGAAGAUCACGGCCAUGCUGUGUCGGCUGCGAGAGGUGCCCCGGCACUUGCUGGUCUGCGAAAAGUCCAACUUCGGCCAUGAGAAGUCGCGCCACCGGCACCUCGUGGAGACGCACUAUCACAACUACAGGGUUUCAUUUCUGAUUCCUGAGUGUGGGAUACUAUCAAAAGAACUGAAGGACCUGGUCAUGGACUCUGGACCCUAUUACUUUGUGAAGGAUUUACCUCUUCAUGAGUUAAUCGCACACGAAUUCAUCAGUACUUUUGUCAAGAAAGGUGCGUGCUAUGCACUAACGUACAACACAAAUAUUGACGAGGAUAAUACUGUGGCCCUGCUACCAAACGGGAAAUUAAUUUUAUCACUGGAUAAAGACACUUAUGAAGAAACUGGACUUCAAGGUCGUCCAUCUCAGUAUUCUGGCAGGAAAACCAUGAAAUUUAUUGUUUCCGUUGAUUUGAUGGAUUUAUCCUCUAAACUGGACUCUAAGAAGUAUAAAAGAAUAUCUUGGGCUUUCAAAGAAAAGAAACCGUUGAAAUUUGAUUUCCUUUUGGCGUGGCAUCAAACAGGUGCGGAAGGAUCAACGAUGAUGUCAUACUUUUCCAAUUACCGGAUUCAGGAGCGUCAGCCAAAAAUAGCGCUGAGCACGGUGACAGAUCUGCCGUGCCCCGUGCUGCGGAGCGGCGAGCUCAGGGGCGAGCCGGAGGCGUCCUGCAGCGCCCAGGAGCUCUUCGAGUGGCUGGGCGCCGUCUUCAGUAACGCCGAGCUAAAUAAUGAGCCUGAUAAUUUCAUAUCAACCUACUGCUGUCCUCAGCCAAGCACAGUGGUGGCGAAAGCUUACUUGUGUACAAUCACUGGUUUCAUCCUUCCAGAGAAGAUACGUCUUCUGUUGGAGCAGCUGUGUCGCUACUUUGAUGAACCGAAGUUGGCCCCGUGGGUGGCGUUGUCGGUUCAAGGCUUUGCAGACAGCCCUGUCUCCUGGAGAGAAAACGAACACGGUUUUCGAACAGGAGGAGAACAUUUGUACAACUUUGUGGUUUUCAGUAAUCGGGACUACUGGCUCCACUUGGCUGUGGGGGCAGGUGAUGACUGCCCACCAUGA